AUGUUCAUAUUUACUUUGUACAAGUAUAAGCAUGGCUCUUCAGGAAGAAAGGAAACGGUUUUGGAUUUGGCUAAGUUUGUGGAUAAGGGUGUGCAAGUUAAGCUUACUGGUGGUAGACAAGUCACUGGAACUCUUAAGGGCUAUGAUCAAUUGCUCAAUCUUGUUCUUGACGAAGCUGUAGAAUCCGUCCGAGAUCACGAUGAUCCUUUGAAGACCACCGACCAGACAAGACGCCUCGGUCUAAUUGUUUGCCGUGGAACAGCAGUGAUGCUUGUCUCGCCUACCGAUGGAACGGAAGAAAUCGCCAAUCCGUUUGUUCAACCGGAAGCAGUCUAA